GGCGGACUGCCUGUACCAUAACCAGUUGCGUCAUAUUUGUGCGACAACAGCCGUCCGGGCAUGACUUUCUUGAAGUUCUUAUGCACUCUGUGAAGAAUGUUGUUUUGUUUUGUUUAAUUUAAUGAUAACAUUCGCUAUAACGGUCGGGUCCGGGAUGUCUCUUCACAGACUACUAAGAUGCAACACACUUAUGGCGUUACAAUGUAGACAGACACUGAGAUCUUUUUCCACCAACACUGAAGGAGAGCUCCACAUUACCAAAAUACUGAAGGAGAAGUUUCCCCAAGCCUCAUCUCUCAAAGUUGUGGAUAUAUCAGGCGGCUGUGGAGCGAUGUAUGAAAUCCACAUCGAGUCAGAUGACUUCAGAGGAAAAAGAAUAGUGCAGCAGCACCAGUUAGUGAAUCAGGCACUCAAAGAAGAGAUUAAAGGCAUGCAUGGACUGCGGAUCUUCACAGAUGUUCCCAAAAAGUAGCAGCUGCACUAAAGUUUUUCACUACAUCAAGAUUCAUGCUGGAACCCAUUAGAACUGAUGAUCACAUAUGAAUGUAUCAUUUAAUUCUUCAGAUAAACUAUUAAAUGAUAUUAAAAACAACAAAAAAUAAGUCAGAAACUUCUAAGAACUCUUUUAAAUAAAAGGUUUAAUGGGCCUCAUUUAUCAAUCAUGUACUAUAUGGAUAUACAUGUAUACAUCAUACACUAUUGUGUAUACAUUGUAAUCCAGACCAAACUAAAAAUUCAUGCCGGAUUUACAAAAGAUUCAUUAAUGCUAAUUUCCUCCAUACUCACGUGUGUCAAAACCUGUUUAAAUGUAGAAAAGCUAACAAAACCUUUAAAAGCAAAACUCACAGAGCUGAAAAUGACCAAAAAUUAUGACUGAAUCAGAAUCUGUUUUUUUGGCCAAGUGUGUUGACACACACAAGGAAUUUGGUUCCAGCUGUUACUGACUCUCAAAAGUACAGACAUAAAUAACAAUAUACUAUACAAGACAAAACAGACUAUACAAGACCAUACAGACAAUGUGAUACAAUAUAGACAGUAUGAGUAUUAAAUAUGAAUGUAGAAUAUAUGACUGAUCAGUUAUGUACAUAAAGUGUGAGAAGUGCAAAUAACAGUAUUAUGUAAUAUUAUGCUUUUGUACAAUAUACAGCAGCAGUAGUGUGUGAAACGUAUAAGGAUGAUGUGAUGACUGACAGAUCUGAUAAUGCAGUACUCAUAGAUAGUUUUAGUAAGCAAAGUUCUGUAGCGCCUGAGAGAAGGGAGGAGCUGAAAGAGGUUGUGUCCAGGAUGUGAAGGGUCAGUGGUGAUUCUUCCUACCCGGUUUCUGGUUCUUAUGUUGUACAAGUCCUGGGUGGUGGGCAGAGGGGCACCAAUUAUUUUUUCUGCUGUUUUUGUUGCUGCACCAAACCAGAUGGUGAUGGAUGUGCACAGGACAGAUUCAAUGACUGCAGUGUAGAACAGCAUCAACAGCUCGUGUGGCAGACCGUACGUUCUUAAAUGGCAUAGAAUGUACAGCCUAAAUAGUGAAAGAGGCCCUCCUAAGUGUGGUGUUCAUUAAAUCUCUAUGUAUAUAUAGUCUUAUUUACAUUUACAGCCUUUGGCAGACACCCUUAACCAGAGAUGCCCUUUUUUAUACUGCUGAGCAAUUGAGGGUUAAGGGCCUUGCUCAGGGGCCCAACAGUGGCAGCUUGGUGGACCUGAGAUCGAACACACAACCUUCCAAUUGGUAGCCCAACACCUUAACCACUAGGCUACCACAUGCCCACCAUAUUUAUCUCCAUUUAAAGAUUUGUUAAGGACUGUUUUCCUUCAUUAAACAGAAAUGAUUGCAUUUAAAAUUUAAAUGAGCGAUUUAGACUUUUGAUUAGAUUUGAAGCCCUUCAAUUGAGGCAAGCGAGUCCCUUAUAUAUUUACAUGAACUCAGGAAUUCGAACAAUAUGCUGCCACGAUCAAGUGGAUUUUCAUGAACUAAAUAUCUUGUGUAAAUGUUCUGGUGGAUAAUUUACGAAUAAAGGCUAUAGGGUUAGGUUGAUAAGUGAGGCCCAUUGUUGUUGGAAUUCUAUAGUACGCACAAAACAUGACUUAAACGCUGGAAUGCGCACAAAAAUGACACUGUUGUAGCCUGAGAAAAUGACCUGGAAAGCAACUCAGAAUAUCAUUUACUAUGAGUGUCAUUCACAACACCAGUGAUACUUCACUAACCAUAAAUAAUUGUUUUAAAGCCUUCUGUGUUUGUUAUUAUUUAUGACACUACUGUGUUUUUCUCUGUGCUCUGUUGAUUCUGAUUAUUUGGAAUUUAAAGCCGUUAAAUCUCAUUUCUUUUAUGUUAUAAUUUCUCUUCAUUCUAAUAUAUGAUUAAAUUUAUGCAUUGUGGUCAAAUAUAAUGUGUGUGCACAUCAUCUUUAGUUUAAGCAUGAAGUUUCUUUAAAAUGUUGUGAAUGACGUGUUUGUCCACUAGAUGGCAGGUUUUCCUUGAAGUCCCUUGCACUGAUGACAAAUGCUAAAGAAUAAAUUUUAUUUGGUAAAAUCAA